CUAGCCGAGCCGAGCCGAGCUGAGCCCGGCCGGAACCGGAGCCGACGCUGGUCGGGCCGCCCGUCCCGGGCGCCGCGCAUGGAGCGUGAGCGGCGGCGGCCGGGCUGAGCCGCGCCGAGCGGCCGGGACGUGCAUGCGGCCGCGAUCUUUCGCCCCCCGCCCCGCCGAGCUGGAGCUGCUCCUGGACAAGAUAUGAGACAUGAGUGUUGGACGUCGAAGAAUAAAGUUGUUGGGUAUCCUGAUGAUGGCAAAUGUCUUCAUUUAUCUGAUUAUGGAAGUCUCCAAAAGCAGUAGCCAAGAAAAAAAUGGAAAGGGGGAAGUGAUAAUACCCAAAGAAAAGUUCUGGAAGAUCUCCAACCCUCCCCAGGCCUAUUGGAACAGAGAGCAAGAAAAGCUGGAUAGGAAGUACAACCCCAUCCUGAGCAUGUUGGCCAACCAGACGGGGGAGGCAUUGGGGGCCUCCAACGUAAGCCACCUGAACUACUGUGAGCCUGACUUGAGGGUCCCAUCGGUGGUGACGGAUUUUCAAAACUUGCCGGACAGGUUUAAAGACUUCCUGCUGUAUCUGAGAUGUCGAAAUUAUUCCCUGCUUAUUGAUCAGCCAGGGAAGUGUGCCAAGAAGCCCUUCCUGCUGCUGGCCAUCAAGUCACUCACGUCCCAUUUUGCCCGGAGGCAGGCGAUUCGGGAGUCCUGGGGUCAGGAGACCCAGGUGGGGAACCAGAGCGUGGUGCGUGUCUUCCUGCUGGGUCAGACCCCAGCCGAGGACAACCACCCUGACCUGUCAGAUAUGUUGAAGUUCGAGAGUGAGAAGCACCAAGACAUCCUGCUGUGGAACUACAGGGACACAUUCUUCAACCUGUCCCUGAAGGAGGUGCUGUUCCUGCGCUGGGUCAGCACCAACUGCCCAGACACCCAGUUCGUGUUCAAGGGCGACGACGAUGUGUUCGUCAACACCCACCACAUCCUGAAUUACUUGAAUAGCUUAGCCAGGAACAAAGCCAAAGAUCUGUUUAUCGGCGAUGUGAUUCACAAUGCUGGACCACACCGGGAUAAGAAACUCAAGUACUACAUCCCAGAAGUGGUGUACUCGGGGGUCUACCCACCAUAUGCUGGGGGGGGUGGCUUCCUCUAUUCGGGUUCCCUGGCGCUACGGCUGUAUAAUGCCACCGAGCGUGUCCACCUCUACCCCAUUGAUGAUGUGUACACGGGGAUGUGCCUUCAGAAACUUGGCCUAGUUCCCGAGAAGCACAAAGGCUUCAGGACAUUCGACAUCGAGGAAAAAAACAAGAAUAACAUUUGUUCCUAUGUAGACCUGAUGUUAGUGCAUAGUCGAAAACCUCAGGAGAUGAUUGACAUUUGGUCUCAGUUGCAAAACGCUCAUUUAAAAUGCUAAAAUAGAUGCAGGCUAAAUUCUGCGUUAGAAAGGCAUAUCCUGAAAUAGUUCCCUUGUAGGGUUCUCCGGUCAGGGUGGUUGUGCGCUACGCCCUGGAGACUGCCUCUUCCCUGUGAAGGUUAGCACUUGCCCUUGGUGAAGCAGAACGCAGAAGAUAGUGUUUUUUGUAUUUGUUUUUUGGAGGAGGGGGUAGCGUGAUUGGCUUGGAUCCUUUCCACUGGGUGGGUGUUGUGGUCACUGUUUUCUAAUGUGUCCCCCUUCCACCUGAGAUCAUUAAGUUUCUAGAAUUCACCAUUUUGUCCUUCUGUGUGAAUAACAUUCCUAUUUCCCAUUGUAAUGCUGAUUUGUGUAUAAUUCAAGUGUUUAUAAACAUUGACUACAAAGACUUUGUUAUACACAAGUCAGUGAUUUUUGUGAAGAGGAAUUACCCUUAUUUUCAUGUCAUUUGGAAAGAGUUUGAAAAAUUGUCCACAUUUUUCUUUGUUAGAAUUUCCUGCCACGCAACAGUAUUUUCUUGUGUUAAUCUAGUUAGUUCAUUUUGCAAAAUGAACAUGCUUGUGUGGCCCUCAUCCAGUUUUUCUUGCUGUGGUCUUAUAAAGGCCGUAACGAGAGAGUGUAUUUAAUUUUUACUUGUAUUUGGUUUGUUGGUACCAUCUUAGUUACUUGCUUUUAGUAUCUCAAAAUGAGAUGAGUAUCAUUCCAGAAUGACCAACUCCAGCUGGGAUCACCCCUGAUAGCCAUACUGGGUUUGUGCAUUUUCAGCGUGGACCAAGAAUGAAUAUGUACCUUCUGAACCUGAAGGGAGAAGAGUGAAGCCGCACACCUGCUUCAUCACUGGGAGGUCGUUUCAGACUCCAGGAUUCUGUUCUCGCCAUAUUUUCACAAGUUGCUCAUACAGAAUCCUUCUGAAUAGUGAUUACUUCUCUGUCUCAGUGUAGAAGUGCCUGUGUUUUUAUUUAUUAUUUAGAUCAAAGAGCAAAACAUUUUCUUAAAUAUAUUUUGUGUAAUAUUUUAUUUGUAUACAGUGUUGUUAAUGAAAUAUUUAACUAGAGCAUGAUAUUUUAAAUGUUAAGGUAUACAAUAUGUUAAAUAAAGCUAAUGGUUAUUUUUGAAUUUUAAAAUUCAUUUUGGGGGGAUUUGAACUGUUAGAGUUGGUAAAAUUCUGCCAAACUGUUGCUUAUAUGUACUAUCUUAUAACUUGCUUUCUUGAACUAUUUUUGUGUUUAUAGAGAUGAGAAUUCUUAUCAGAUGCGAUAAUGGGGACUGUAAAAAGUGAAAAUAAAGUUGAUGUAUUUUUAUUUA